UCUCUCCGUUCUUCCAUCCCCGCUCUCCACUGGGCGGGGAAGAACGCUACAAGGAACAGGAGGUUAUUGUGCAGAAGACUCUCAGGCCGGAGCAGGGGGCUCCCUCCUCUGACGCCGCGGCCGGACUCAGCCCUGAAAACCCCGCGGGCCGAGCCGCACCCGCGGUUCGGAGCGAUCCCCUCACGCGGGCAGGGAGCGUCCGCCUCGCCGGGCGGAGCGGCCUCCCGGGAGCCAAGGGCUGCGCGGGGCGGAGAGAACAGCCGGUCAGCGGGAGCCGGACGGAGCUGCCGGGGCGGGCGUCGCCUCUGGGAGAGCUCCGGCCAGCGCCGGCCCCUGCCCGUAGCUCCGCGCGGCCUCCGAGCCGCGGGCGGCGAGGCCCGGGGGCGGCACCGCCCGACGGGCGCGGGACGUGGCGGAGCGGGGCGGGCCGGGGCCGCGUGGCUGCCCGGCGUGGAGCGGGGCUGCGGAGCGGACACGCGGGGCGGAGAUGCGGAGCGGGGCGGAUUUGAGUCAACUGCCUGGUCAGGAUGAGCUGGAGUUUCCUGACGCGGCUCCUGGAGGAGAUCAACAACCACUCGACCUUCGUGGGCAAGAUCUGGCUGACCGUCCUCAUUGUCUUCCGCAUCGUGCUGACGGCCGUGGGGGGAGAGUCCAUCUACUACGACGAGCAGAGCAAGUUUGUCUGCAACACGCAGCAGCCGGGCUGUGAGAACGUCUGCUACGACGCCUUUGCGCCCCUGUCCCACGUCCGCUUCUGGGUCUUCCAGAUCAUCAUGGUGGCGACGCCGUCGGUGCUCUACCUGGGCUUUGCCAUGCACCGCAUCGCGCGCAUGCCUGAGUCCUCGCGGCGCCGGCCACCGUCAGCCCGGCGGGCACGCAUGCCCGUGGUGCGCCGGGGAGCCGGGCGAGACUACGAGGAGGCAGAAGAUGACAAUGAAGAAGACCCCAUGAUCUUUGAGGAGAUCGAGGUGGAGAAGGAGAAGAGCCCAGAGGGCGGAGAGAAGCACGAUGGCCGGCGCCGUAUCAAGCACGACGGGCUGAUGCGUGCCUAUGUGCUACACUUGCUGUGCCGCUCAGUGCUGGAGAUGGUUUUCCUCUUCGGGCAGUACCUGCUGUACCGCUUUGAGGUGAGCCCCUCGUACGUCUGCAGCCGCAGCCCCUGCCCACACACUGUCGACUGCUUUGUCUCCCGCCCCACUGAGAAGACCAUCUUCCUCCUCAUCAUGUACGCCGUCAGUGGGCUCUGCCUCUUCCUCAACCUCUGCGAGCUCUUGCAUCUUGGUGUGGGGCGCAUCCGUGAUGCCCUGAGCCAGGCUGAUGGCCCCCCGCUCCCAGCUGGCGACAGUCCCGCACCACAAUACCCCAAGAAAGCCCCCAGCGCCCCGCCCACCUACCACUCCCUGAAGAAGGAGCUGCCGCAAGCCCCACUGACCAACAGCAAGCUGGACUACCGGGAGAGCCUGGCCCAGGGGCGCUUCGCCCUGGCUGGAUCUCCCCCGGUGCACGAGCUGGACCGGCUGCGUGAGCACCUGCGUCUGGCCCAGGAGCACCUGGAGGUGGCCUUCCACCUCCAGCCCCCGCCACGGCCCCCCAGUCCUGCCCGCAGCAGCAGUCCCGAGGCCAACGGCAUCGCCGCCGAGCAGAACCGCCUCAACCUCGCCCACGAGAAGGGGACCGCCGCCUGCGACAGGACCACGGGGCUGUGAGUGUCGCCAGGAAUGGCAGCGGUGUCUACCGGAGUGGCUGCCACUGCCACCGUGGGAUAGGCGUCCUGCCAGGAGCGCAGGGCAAGGAAUGCCACACGCCUGCCCAGCGGGGCAGUCUGGGCAGCCCUGUCCUGGUGGGCAGCAGAGGGUUCAGGGGCCAUGGGGUUCAUUCCUACUUAAUUUUCAGAAAGGGAAUAUCUUAUUUUUGUACGUUUUUAUAAACUCAUCAACGUGUGCACCCUGGCAUUUUUAUACUCCAUCCCAAUCUCCACUCUGUGGCCUGUGCCCCCCAUCUCCUGUUUCACCCACGUUUCCUCCUCCCACACCCAUUUUCCCCAGCAUGUUGUCCUCGCACCUCCCUGUGCCCCCCAUGCCCUCUACCACCCGUGGCAGCACCAGCUGGUGCUCUGCAUGUGCUGGUGAUUUUGGUACUGCCCCCUGAGGGGUGGGUGACUUAGGGGAGCAGGCUGUGGGGGUCUGGCUGGCCAGGCCAAGCUGUGGGACAGAGUCCUGGGCUGGCAUUACUCUUGGAGGGGGUGGGAGGGGUCCUGGUGGCACUGUGCUGCCACAAAAUGACUUUGUGGCCUAAGGGGCUGUGCUGCACAGCAUCCUGGCAUGGGGCUAUGAGUUGCGUGGCUGGCCUGCUUGGAAAUGUCUGUGCAGAGGUCAGGGACUGUUGUUCCCACUGCCUCCGCCCUGUCCUGGCAGGCUGCCCUUGGACCAAAACUUGUCUCCUCCCACUCUGGCUGCGGGGCUGGGACCCCCCUGCACGGAGCCAGACCCUGGCCUCACAGUGGGGACGUGGUGCCCCGAGCUGGGCUCGGCCAGGAGCCAGUGGAGCAUUCCUCAUCAUCUCAGCCUGGGUCACAUGGGGACUUUUGUAGCGUUGUUUUUUACUCGGAAAUGAUUGUCACUGGUUUUUUUUCUUUUUUUUUUUUUUUAAUAUCUAUAUUAGUAAAGGCUAAAGACGUUUUGUACUGAA